CCAAAACCUCAGUCCCAGAUUUAAUUAUGGUAUAGUAGAGCUAUGUUAAUUUUUUUCUUUCUAAACAAUCAUCUCCAUGGAUAUUGAAGACGAUCCUACCUCUUCAAUCGAUAAGAAUUCUGUUCUUUCUCCAACAGCCGUAAUAUGUCCAUUAUGCGGAUAAUCCCACCUCACUCAUCUUCAUCCCUCUCCUAACAAGUGAUAACUAUUGCACUUGGGGAAGAGAGAUGACAAAAGCGCUCAGUGCGAAAGGCAAUACAGGUUAUAUUGGUGGUACUGUCAAAAAGCCAACUAGCACCACUGAUCUACCUCACUGGACGAGAUGUGACGAUUUGGUUGGAAGAUGGAUUUCCAAUUAUGUGGAUCCAUCGAUUCAAUCAAGCACCAUGAAACAAGACAACUUGUAUAUUGCAAGGUAUUACACUAAUCUGAAAUCUCUUUGGGAUCAAUUGGAUGCUUUCAGGCAAAUUGAACCCUGUAUUUGUGGUGCCGGAAAGAGCUAUGUUGAAAAUCAUAAUCAGGAUAGGUCAAUGGAGUUCUUACAAGGAUUACAUGAUCGGUUUUCUUCAUUGCGGAGUCAGAUUCUUCUCAUGGAACCCAUGCCUUCCCCUGCCAAGAUUUAUAAUCAUGUGAGACAAGAAGAGGAGCAGCAAGGUAUAAACUCUUCUUGUCUUCCAUUUGUUGAAUCUGCAACCAUUAAUGUUACUUGUAGUGACAAUCGCAACCAGAGACCUUUUCCAAAUAAUGGUCCCAACAAGCGUGCACGUCAUUUCUGCGAUCAUUGCAAUAAGUAUGGCCACACUAGGCAAACCUACUGGAAAUUAAAUGGAUAUCCGAAGGAUUUUCCAAUGCCAAGGGAUCUAGAGUCUCAUGUAAUUGCUGCUGUUACUCAACCUGCAACUACUGCACCACCCAUCAGUGCCGCUCAAUAUGCACGUCUUGGGUCUCUCCUUGAACCUGAAAAUGAUUGCACUGAUGUAGCUCCGUAUGCCAAUUUUGCUGGGCCGUAGAACCACCAAAGUGAUUGGAUGGAGUAAGCAGGUGGCAGGCCUAUAUCAUUUCUGUUUUCAACCAUUUGCUUUAUCUUUAGCUGCAAAUAAGCCUGUUGAUACAGUGCACUUCCGUCUAGGAGCUCAGCAAAGCCGCUAGGAGCUCAACAACUUGGCCGUCUGGUUAGCAAGUUGGGCGUUCGGUCAUGCUCUCCCGCUCCAACUUGAGGGGGUAAUAAGAUGUUGUAUAUUAUCAUCUCCUUGUAUCUAGUCUUAGUUGUUGUAACAAAGUCAGUGCCUAGAAUACGUCCUCCUCCUUUCUAGCUCAAUAAGGUUUUAUUUGUUAAGUCUUCUUAUUUCUUUGCUUGACUAGCUAUGUAUUUGGAUCUUUGUAACUUCCUGUACAAUUUUCUUACUAUAAAUACAUAAUCAAUGAGAUAAUCUCGACACAGUUGUGUGAGAUACCAAAACCUCUAUCCCAUAUUUCUUUACGACCGUAUGGUCUUCCCUAUCUACUACCAUUACCUUAUGAAGUAGAACCUAAAGACAUCUAUUCAAAACAGAUUUAGGCUUGGGUAUGGAAGUGAGGUCUGUCUUGUUAUCUUGGUCUGAUGCAGUGGGACUUA